CCUCCUUCCCCCUCCCCCUCCCCUUCUUUCCAGAAACUGGCACCACUUGCCUGCACGGGGAAACGCAACCAUGUCCGCUGAAGUCGUCCCCGACUUCAUCUCUCGCCGCGUCGAGCUCUUCGACAAGUUCAAGGCCGCCCUGGACGCGGCGCCCGCCCGGGCCGAGAAGCCCAUCACCGUCAAGGCCAACGUCAAGGGCACCCUGUCCGAGCACGAGGCCACCGCCUUCAAGACCACCGCCUUCGACAUUGCCAAGCUGGUGCUCGGCUCGUCGGACCUGAAGAAGAUCCUGGUGGCCAAGGUGAAUGGCGAGCUGUGGGACCUCUCGCGCCCGCUGGAGGCCGACACCACCAUCCAGUUCUACGACUUCGACAGCGACGAGGGCAAGGAGGUCUUCUGGCACUCGUCGGCCCACGUCCUGGGGCAGGCUUGCGAGUUCCACUACUGCUGCAAGCUGUCGCACGGCCCGCCCACCGACGACGGGUUCUUCUACGACAUGCGCAUCCCGGAGUCGCGUGUGGUCACGGCCGAGGACUACCCCGGGCUGACGGCGCGCGCCACCAAGAUCAACAAGGAGGACCAGCGCUUCACCCGCCUAGAGCUCACCAAGGCCCAGCUGCUCGAGAUGUUCGCCGACAAUGACAUGAAGCUGCACUUCAUCAAGGAGAAGGUCCAGGACGAUGAGACGUCCACGGUCUAUCGCAAUGGGGACUUCAUCGACCUGUGCACCGGGCCGCACAUUCCCAAGACCUCGCUCAUCAAGGCCUUCGCCCUGGUGAAGCACUCGUCGGCCUACUGGCUGGGCAAUGCCGCCAAUGAGGCCCUCCAGCGCAUCUACGGUGUGUCCUUCCCCUCGGCCAAGGAGAUGACCGAGUGGAACAAGAUGCGCGAGGAGAUGGCCAAGCGCGAUCACCGCCUGCUCGGCAAGCAGCACCGGCUGUUCAUGUUCAACGACCUGUCCCCGGGCAGCUGCUUCUUCCUGCCCCAUGGCACCCGGAUCUACAAUCGCCUGGUGGAGUUCAUCCGCGAGAAGUACUGGGAGAAUGGCUUCGAUGAGGUGGUCACCCCGAACAUGUACAGCACCAAGCUUUGGGAGAUUUCCGGGCAUCUGGCCAACUACCGGGAGAACAUGUUCCUUUUCGACAUCGAGGAGCAGGAGUUCGCCAUGAAGCCCAUGAACUGCCCCGGGCAUUGCAUGGUCUUCGACAUGUUCCCGCGCACCCACCGCGAGCUGCCCAUUCGCAUGGCGGACUUCGGUGUCCUUCACCGGAAUGAGUUUUCCGGUGCCCUGUCCGGGCUGACUCGCGUGCGUCGCUUCCAGCAGGAUGACGCCCACAUCUUCGCCGCCCCGGAUCAGGUGGCCUCCGAGAUCAGCAAGGCCCUCGGGUUCCUGCACGAUGUGUACAGCAAGCUCGGCCUCGAGCCCAGCCUGGUGCUGUCCACCCGGCCGGACAACUUCAUCGGCGACGAGAAGGUGUGGGAUGCGGCCGAGGCCCAGCUGACCGAGUCCCUGAACUCCAGCAAGUUCAACUGGGAGCUGAACCCCGGCGAUGGCGCGUUCUAUGGCCCGAAGAUCGAUAUCCGCGUGCGCGACUGCUGGAAGCGCUCGCACCAGUGUGCCACCAUCCAGCUGGACUUCCAGCUGCCGAUCCGCUUCAACCUGACCUUCCUCAAGGAGGACGGCACCAGCGAGCGCCCGGUCAUGAUCCACCGCGCGGUGCUCGGCUCGGUCGAGCGCAUGAUUGCCAUCCUGACGGAGCACUUCGCCGCCAAGUGGCCCUUCUGGGUGUCCCCCCGGCAGAUCUGCCUCAUCCCCCUGACCAAGGCGCAGGAUGCCGCUGUGGAGAACCUCCGCAAGCGCCUGCACGACAACCGCUUCUUUGUCGAUGUCGAUGACUCCGGUGACACCCUCAACCGCAAGAUCCGCAUGGCCACCCUGGACCAUUACAACUUCACUGUCGUCAUUGGCCGUGGCGAGGUCGACCCGGAGGACAACACCCAGGUCAAGCGCGUCACCGUGCGCACUCGUGACUCCAACAACGGCCAGACCAGUGCCACCUUCGAUGUGGACGAUUUCAUUGCCCACCUGCACACCCUGAACAAGGAGAAGCCGGUGCUCGACCACCUGAAUGGUCUGGUCGAGAUCAAGCAGGCCAAGCCCGCCCCGAAGGCCGCCCCCGCCGCCGCCGCCGCCCCGGCUGCUGAGGCUGAGAAGCCCGCCGUUGAGCCCUCGGUCGAGGCCUAG